AUGGAACAUACUUCUUUUUUGAAUGAGGAUGGUAUAAAGAUAGAGACAACAGUAUUUUAUGAUGAUAAUAGCAUCCCAGAAAGCUGCCUCAAAAGGAUUUUUCAGAAUAUGUGUGAAAGCGGUGACAUGAUUAUUGGGUUUGGCACAAAAUGGUCGCAUAUGGAACCUCGUGUUGUCUUACUGAAGCUUUGCACUCAGGUUGGUUGUGUGCUAGUGCGGCUUUCAAGAUACAAUAGCGGUCCAUCAUACCUGAAACAUUUCCUCAGUAACGAGGACAUAGUUUUUGCCGGUGUUCAUAUAAAAAAAGACAUCAAAAAGCUGCAAAAAGACUAUGGGAUUGACAUUAAAAAUGUUGUAGAUUUAAGCGAAUUGGCAGCUUCUGUACUUCACCAGCCCCGCCUACUUGCUUAUAGUGUGAGAGGCUUGGCAAGUGAAGUUUUGUUACAACCAUGGAAGCCAAGAUCCUGGAAUAUGGUAAAGGCUGCUUGGUACGCAGUACCACUAAUUGAUCAUGAGAUGAUUCAGUGUGCGACAGUUGAUGUCUAUGUUGCAUAUAAGAUUGCCAAGAAGUUGAUAGGUUGA